AUGAACACGGAAAGAGAGCACGCAGCCUUCAUCUACGCCUUCACCGCAGUAACCCUGGACCUAACGCGCUCUUCUCAAUUCACCACCAAAUCCAGCCCCCAACCAGCCUCAACACAAAUUACCGACCUAAUGCGCCAGUCCGUGGAAACCCAACAACCACUAGUAAUAGGCUUCCGACCCUCAAUAUUGCGCGCUACAACAAGCAUCUUCAUCCAGAUGUGCGCCAUGAGCCUGGGUCACUACGACCUAGGCUUUUUCCACCUCCGCGAAGCGAUCAGCAUGAUCCAGAUGCUUCGCAUCAGCGACAAAUCUGUCAAUGCAGGUCUCAGUACGGCCGAGCGAGCCCGCCGCCAACGGCUGUACUGGCAAUGCUUCAUCCACGAGCGAUUCAUGUCGAUCGUGAAUUUCUCUCCAGUGACGCUACCCCCGCACACGCAGUACCCAGAAGAAGACGCGUUCUUGGGUGCGGAAAUCCAACAGGGCUGGAUGCAGGUUAUCAAGACGUUUUGCAUGCUUGAUGCGUCGUUUAUCAGUUUAUGGAUUGGGGACCGCACGCAGGUGACUGCGUCGUGGGUUGAACGGAAACACCGCGAGCUGGAUGAUGAAUUGUGGGAGGUUGAGGUCUCUGCACUGUCGGAGCUGCAGCAGGCAGAUUUGGUUAUUACGCGACAGUGGAUGCGGACUUUGUUGUGGCAGAUGGCCAUGUCAAAUUGUUUGCUUAGUUCGCAUGCGUCGUGUCCGUCGUUGGAGCUGGAGAUGCCAUUGAGGUUGUCAAGUCAGCUUAGGCAGUUUUUGACGAAGAUCUCGCAGAAUACGAUUCGGGUGCAUGGAUCUUCAAUGAUUAGCAAGUUAUUGGAGAUUGUUAAUACUAUUGCUGAUGUGGUUAUUCAUGUGCCGCAGGCGACUGAGGAGGAUACGACGAGUCGCAUUGAUGAUAUUGUUUUUAUGCAGGGGGUUGUGCUCUCUUUUCAUAAUCUGCAGGUUAUGCCGAAGGAUAUUCUGUUGGAUAAGUUUCGAUUGAUUAGGGGGAGGUUUCCGCAUAUCGAGGUGGCUAUGCAACUGGCUGUUUAG